AUGGGAGGCCUGAACAAAUCGCUGGGACUUGCCGCCCUCCUUCUCGCAGCACGAAUACACAGCAGACCCUUAGGGUCGUCUUUCGGUAUCCCCGGCAGCAAUGCUACGUAUGACUAUGUAGUGGUGGGAGGUGGAACUGCGGGCUUGACCAUAGCCAGCAGGCUUGCAGAACAGAAUGCAGGUAGCGUAGCAGUCAUCGAAGCUGGCACCUUCUACGAGCUUUCCACUGGAAACCUGAGCGAAGUCCCCGCUACCGGUAUCGCCUGGGCGGGGAAAUCGCCGGAUGACUGGCAACCUUUGGCAGAUUGGGGUUAUGUCUCGACCCCUCAAGUUGGGGCGGAAAAUAAGAAGCUGCACAUUCCACGAGGAAAAAUGCUCGGGGGCUCUAGUGCUCGAAAUUUCAUGAUCUAUCAACGCGGCACCGUCGACAGCUACGAGAUGUGGGCGGACCGAGUCGGAGACGCCAACUACACCUUUGACAAUUUCCUUCCAUUUUUCACAAAGAGCAUCACUUUUACGCCGCCAAAUGAUCAACUUCGGCUUCAAAAUUCAACGCCCAGGUACGAUGCCUCAGGACUUGGUGACGGAGGCCCGCUCGCUCUUACGAUUCCAAACUGGGUGUACGCAUUUGCUUCCUGGGCUACAAAGGCCUUUGACCAGAUCGGGAUCCCUUAUUCCUCAAAGGGAUUCCAGCACGGUAGUCUAGAAGGGCACUCGUAUAGCAUGUUUACAGUCGAUAAGUCAGCGAUGCGGUCUUCUUCGGAGACUUCAUUUCUGAGGCAGACCCUGAACAACACCAAUUUCUAUGUCUAUCCAUUGACCCAUGGCCUUAAAGUACUUUUCGACAAUGAAAAAGUAGCAAAUGGUGUCUUGGUCGAUACGGCAGGCAUGAAGUACACACUUUCCGCUCGCAAAGAGGUCAUCUUAUCAGCAGGCUCGAUAGGAUCUCCGCAACUGCUGCAAGUCUCGGGAGUUGGCCCGGCCAGUUUGCUCGAAUCCCUUGACAUUCCCGUCAUCGCAGACCUUCAGGGGGUCGGGCAGAACAUGGAGGACCACAUUACAUUUGGCAUAACCAAUGGUGUCAACGCCGUGACGACCUCGUCGAUGGGCGACCCUGCCUUUGCCGCCGAACGGGUCCGCCUAUACAAUGAGGAGACUGCCGGCCUUCUCACAAGCCCAGGUUCGGAUUUAUUAGCGUGGGAGAAAUUCCCCAACAGCACCCGCGGCUCGUUGAGCGAGAGAACCCGGGGUAUUCUGGACGAAUAUCCUAAAGAUUGGCCUGACGUUGAGUACAUCGCUUUCUCUACCUACCUAGGGAGCAAUUGGCUUCCAUCUGUUGCAGACCCCAUGGACGGUACAGCAUAUGCGGCUCUGGCUGUUGUACUGUGCAAGCCGCGAUCCAAGGGAACUGUUAACAUAACAUCGCCCGAUGCCUUGAUUGCGCCCCAGAUUGACCCCGCUUUUCUUACAGACGAGGCCGACAUUGAAGUUGCCGUUGCCGGCUUCAAGCGCGGUCGUCAAUUCUGGGCUGCGAACGCGCUGAAGGAUUUCAAGGUCGGAGAGGAGAAGUACCCAGGAUUUGACGUAAAGUCUGAUGCCGACAUUGAAGCUUCCAUCCGAAGAAGCUUUACGACCAUCUAUCACCCUGCUAGCACAUGUGCCAUGGGUAAGCCAGAUGACCCUAGAGCUGUGGUUGAUUCCCAGGCGAGGGUGUACGGGGUAAAGGGACUGCGUGUGGUAGAUGCAGCAGCGUUCCCAAUGCUGCCUCCUGGCCAUCCUCAGUCGACAGUGUAUGCGCUAGCAGAGAAGAUUGCGUGUGACAUUUCCAGAAAUUGUUCUUGA